CCGGUGCCGCUCUUAAGCGGGCGCCGCCGGCACCGCGAGUUCGGCCGUCUGCUCCGCGCGCUCGCACUUCUCCGCGUUAGUCCCUUCCGUGCCCUCCGCCCGCUCUGCUGUCCGUCCGGUCCGCGCCGUCCUAUCGCCACCGCCGCCGCCUUCCGCCGCCCCGGGCCUCGGUCUGGUCCAGCGCGCUUCGGGGUCUCCGCGUCUCGCGAGAAGUCGCCGCCGCAGGCCUCCCGGACUCCCGGGCGCAGGGGAGAAUGAGGGGCUGUGGAGCGAGGCCGGGGCGCCUGCUGCCGGUGCUCGCCCUGCUCUUGUGGGCGGCGGGCCUGGGCGUGGCGGAGGAGACGCCCUCGCACAUCCCAGCAGAUAAACUACUAGUGAUAACUGUAGCAACAAAAGAAAAUGAUGGAUUCCACCGAUUUAUGAAUUCAGCCAAGUAUUUCAAUUAUACUGUGAAGGUUCUUGGUCAAGGGCAAGAGUGGAGAGGUGGCGAUGGGAUUAAUAGUAUUGGAGGGGGCCAGAAGGUGAGAUUAAUGAAAGAAGCCAUGGCGCAGUAUGCCAGUCAGGAGGAUAUGGUUAUCUUGUUUACUGAAUGCUUUGAUGUUAUAUUUGCUGGUGGGCCUGAAGAAGUCCUGAAAAAGUUUCAAAAGACAAAUCACAAAAUUGUCUUCGCAGCCGAUGGGAUUCUGUGGCCAGAUAAGCGGCUGGCAGACAAGUACCCUGUCGUGCACAUUGGAAAGCGGUACCUGAACUCGGGAGGCUUCAUGGGCUAUGCUCCAUACAUCAGCCGUCUUGUCCAGCAGUGGAAUCUGCAGGAUAACGACGAUGAUCAGCUCUUCUACACAAAAAUUUACAUCGACCCAGUGAAGAGGGAAGCAUUUAACAUCACAUUGGAUCACAAAUGCAAAAUUUUCCAGGCCUUGAAUGGAGCUACAGAUGAGGUGGUUUUAAAAUUUGAAAAUGGUAAAAGCAGAGUGAAGAAUACGUUUUAUGAAACACUGCCAGUAGCAAUUAAUGGAAACGGGCCCACCAAAAUUCUCCAGAAUUACUUUGGAAACUAUGUUCCUAAUUCAUGGACACAGGAAAGUGGCUGUGCUCUUUGUGACUUUGACACAAUUGACUUGUCUGCAGUGGAUGUCCAUCCAAAGGUAACAAUAGGUGUUUUUAUUGAACAACCAACCCCUUUUCUACCUCGAUUCCUGGACUUACUGUUAACACUGGAUUAUCCCAAAGAAGCGCUUAAACUCUUUAUUCAUAAUAAAGAAGUUUAUCAUGAAAAGGACAUCAAAGUGUUUUUUGAUAAAGCUAAGCUUGAAAUCAGUACUAUAAAAAUAGUAGGACCGGAAGAAAAUCUAAGUCAAGCGGAAGCCAGAAACAUGGGAAUGGAUUUCUGCCGUCAGGAUGAAAACUGUGAUUACUAUUUUAGUGUGGAUGCAGAUGUUGUUUUGACAAACCCGAAAACUUUAAAAAUUUUGAUUGAACAAAACAGGAAGAUCAUUGCUCCCCUUGUGACACGUCAUGGAAAGUUAUGGUCCAACUUCUGGGGGGCAUUGAGUCCUGAUGGGUACUACGCUCGCUCUGAAGAUUACGUGGACAUCGUUCAGGGGAACAGAGUAGGAAUUUGGAAUGUCCCAUACAUGGCUAAUGUCUACUUAAUUCAAGGAAAGGCACUCCGAUCAGAGAUGAGUGAGAGGAACUAUUUUGUUCGUGAUAAAUUGGAUCCUGACAUGGCUCUUUGCCGAAAUGCUAGAGAAAUGACCUUACAAAGGGAAAAAGACUCCCCUACUCCGGAAACAUUCCAAAUGCUCAGGCCCCCAAAGGGUAUGUUUAUGUACAUUUCUAACAGACAUGAAUUUGGACGGCUGUUGUCAACUGCAAAUUACAAUACCUCCCACCUCAACAAUGACCUCUGGCAGAUAUUUGAAAACCCUGUGGACUGGAAGGAAAAAUAUAUAAACCGUGAUUAUUCGAAGAUUUUCACUGAAAAUAUAGUUGAGCAGCCUUGUCCAGAUGUCUUUUGGUUCCCUGUACUUUCUGAAAGAGCCUGUGAUGAGUUGGUCGAAGAAAUGGAGCAUUAUGGCAAGUGGUCUGGGGGAAAGCAUCACGAUAGCCGUAUAUCUGGUGGUUAUGAAAAUGUCCCAACUGAUGAUAUUCACAUGAAGCAAAUUGAUCUCGAGAAUGUCUGGCUUCACUUUAUUCGUGAGUUCAUCGCUCCAGUUACGCUGAAAGUUUUUGCAGGCUAUUACACAAAGGGGUUUGCACUGCUGAAUUUCGUGGUAAAGUAUUCUCCUGAAAGACAGCGUUCACUCCGUCCGCAUCAUGAUGCCUCAACAUUUACCAUCAACAUUGCUCUCAAUAACGUAGGAGAGGAUUUUCAGGGAGGUGGAUGCAAAUUUCUAAGGUAUAAUUGCUCCAUUGAAUCCCCACGGAAAGGCUGGAGCUUCAUGCAUCCUGGGAGGCUUACCCAUCUGCAUGAAGGACUUCCUGUUAAAAAUGGAACAAGAUACAUUGCGGUGUCCUUCAUAGAUCCCUAAGUUAUUUACAUAACUCGAGCACAGUCGUGCUUUGAGGUGGAUGACUGGCAUCAGCAUGUCUUUGAAGUUGUGCUUGAGAAGAUGAGAGGAAUAUUAAAUAAUGUCAACAGAACAACUUCACUUUGGGCCAUACAUUUGAAAACUUUUUAUAUAAAAUUGUUUGACGUUUCACAAUGUCUGCUCUGAGCCUUAAAACACAAGUCGAAGAAAGAAAGGAAAAAGUGAAAGUCGGUAUUUAUUUGUAAUCUUUGACUGUCUCUGAAAAUAAUGACAGUUUUUAAUAAAAUGGUUAGGUACAAAGGCUUCGGUGAUAAUAAGCCUAGUGAUGUUUUCUUAUUUAAGAAAAACCUGAGAUUUUAUUUAUCAUUGUGGAGAAGUAUAGAAUAUGCUUAUAUAUGAAAAUCAGGAGUUCUGGAAACCUGGAAUUUUGAUGAUUACUGAAUUUAUAUGUAAUUAUUAAGCCAUGUUGACCUCUGUGUAGGUUUGUUUUUUGUAAUUAGGAUGAAAACCCAAAGAAAAUAUUGCACAAAGAUUUUCCUGAAGAAACCUAGUGCAGGCAGCCAACGGGAGCAUCUCCAUUGGAAAUAGACUUAGCGUGGGAGGCGGGUCUUCCUUUCUGUUUGAAAGUGGACCCCCGUGUUCCUCCAGGGCAAGCUCUCAGGGCAAGCUCUCAGGGGCCUUUCUGCUCUGCACAGUACUUCACUGCAAGUGUCCUUAUGUCAAAUGGGAAUUUUGUUUCCUUCUGUUCUUUUCUCCACUAAUUCUAGAAAUUAGUGAGUAAGAAGAAGAGUUUCAUUGAGAUUAGUAGUACAUUUCACAGUGUUUUUAAAAACUUCUUAAGUACUUGAAUUUCAUAUCAGGAAACUGGUUUUUAGCCUUGUUUCUUACUUUUUACCCUGAGUUGCUCUUUUUGUUAUUUUUUCCCUGGGGGUAGCCUUUCUUACUUCCCCAUAAUCUAUUUUAUCAUUCCUUAAUCUCUUUAUUGCUUUUCUUCUACCCCACAUUUUAAAAAUCUCCACAGCAAAAAAUUUUGAUAUCAGUUUUUAAUAUUUCUCUGAAAAAGGUUUAAAUAUCCUUAUUAUAGCUACUAUUUUUAAUUUAAAGGUUAAACUUGAAGAAAGUUUUUUAUUCCCGGUGCCAAAAUUCAUUUUUCUGACUCUCUGUGUUAGAAAAUGAUGAAAAAUAAAAUAAUUUAAAAUACA